CACCAACAAAAAUCAACUAGUGUUUUUGUUUAUGCUGGUUUCUUUUUUUCACCCUUCAAUUUGUUCUUCAAAUGAACCUUACUUGUGUUUGAUCAAUUUAAUAUAGUGAGGAAAGGAAAGUACUAACAAGUACCAUAACAAUUGUCAAAAUGAAGAGUGGCAAUCAGACAUGGGAUCCAUUAGUGGAGGAGUUCACUUUUGCAGAAAAUUCGGCUCCGUUCAAUAAUUGUCAUGCUUCCACUAUUGUUGAGGUGAAUAAGGAUCAUUUCUUGGUUGCUUAUUUUGGUGGUACAGUAGAGGGAGCUUCUGAUGUGAAAAUUUGGGUACAAACUUUUAAGGAUGGCCGUUGGACCGCUCCUGUUAUUGCUGAUGAGCAAUUUAAUGUUCCAAUGUGGAAUCCUGUACUGUUUAAGCUCCCUUCCAGUGAAAUACUCUUAUUCUAUAAAAUCGGGCAAGAGGUACAAAAAUGGAGCGGAUGCUUGAAGCGGUCUUAUGAUGGUGGUGUUACAUGGACGGAAAGAGAACAACUUCCUCCUGGUAUAUUGGGGCCAAUAAAAAAUAAGCCUAUCAUGCUGGAAAGUGGUUCCUUGCUUUGUGGAUCAUCUGUAGAGAGUUGGAACUCUUGGGGAGCAUGGAUGGAGAUGACUGUUGAUUCAGGUAGGACGUGGAGGAAGUAUGGUCCAAUAUACAUCGAGAAUAACCCUCUUAGUGUGAUUCAACCCGUUCCUUAUCAGACUGCAAAUGGGACAUUGCGUAUUCUUCUAAGAUCAUUCGCUGGCAUCAAUGAAAUCUGCAUGUCAGAGUCCCAUGACGGUGGUUAUACUUGGAGUUACGCAAAGCCUACUGAAUUGCCCAAUCCUAACUCAGGGAUUGAUGGGGUUAAGCUAAAAGAUGGGCGUCUUUUGCUUGCGUACAAUACCAUUUCUAGGGGUGUGCUCAAGGUAGCACUCUCAGAAGAUGACGGAGACUCGUGGCAUGAUGUUAUCACACUCGAGGAAACUGUAGGAGAGUUCUCUUAUCCUGCUGUUAUCCAAGCUAGUGAUGGAUUAGUUCACAUAACUUAUACAUACAACAGAACGCAAAUCAAGCAUGUAGUCCUUCAACCCAACUAAUGGAGUACAACAACAUGAGAACCUUUUGAGUGGAGAAGGUAAUUUUCUUAUUUGUGCCAUAGAACUGCUGGAAGAAUUUGAUAGACCACUUAUUUAAGGCUAAUCUCACACCUAUUUUGUGAUUAUACUUCUAAAUCUAGAUACAUAAUUUUCCUCAAGUCAGUUCUUAUGGUGAUGAUGAAGGGAAGCAAUUGUACUUUUUCAUUCUUUUCCCUUUUUGUUCCUUUCUAUUCCGCAAGGUUGACUAGAUUCUUGUAAGUUGACUUUGAAUAUGUAUCUAGUUUUCAUCUUUUUUUUUAAAAUCAGGAUGAACUUAAUACUUAGGCAUUAUGAGAAGGAAGGGGAUCCUUUUAUUAAGUUAGAAGUUAGUUCUUUUCAGAGUAGAUGAUAAUAUAGACUGUGAUGUAAAAGUGCAAAAAACUCAGUUUGUUUCUAAAUGGGGUUUUAAGCUAUGUAACACCGAGGAACCGGUACAUAAUCAAUAGAGGUGUGUUUUGAAGUA